AUGUCUGUUCCUAAUCUGGGCGCCAGAUCAGUCGUUGAGCUCUGGAUGCAGUGUCGAGAUCACUUUGGGCGAAGCCUGGAAGAACUUAUGCUAAGUGAUCCCGAUGGGACCUUGACUGAUCCUGAUAUGCACUUGACUGAUCCUGAUGGGACCUUGACUGAUCCUGAUAUGCUCUUGACUGAUCCUGAUGGGACCUUGACUGAUCUUGAUAUGCUCUUGACUGAUUGUACCAUUACCUCCCCUGUCAAUGCUCCUUGUGCGGAUUCAGCCUUGGGCUUGGAUUUCUCUGACGAUAUUUCUAUGCAUUCUGUUGAAGACGUUUCUGGUGCGAAUCAAGAUCAUCUGUUGGACGAUUCUGAGUCAGACUUAUUUUCCAUGGGAGAGUACUUCCACGAGAAUUACACCCAGCUGCACAGUCCUAACAAGGAAGGAUUGCCUCGACUUCGGCUUCGCUUGCUUUGCAUUCACAUCUUCAACUUGUUGGGUGUUCGGAUCGACAGUGCCGUGACCAGCUCCGAAACAAGUAUCGAGAGCCAGGAAGAUCAUGGGACAGAGAGACGAAACAAAUCUGGAGGCUCAUUUACUAACAACACUAUUAAGAUGAUGUUUGUCUCCGGAGAGACAGCAGAGCCGUCUCCUGAGACUACCACUUUGAUUGAAGAGAUUACCCGCCAACAAGUGAUCGAAAUUCUUACCCGCAGCACCGCAUUGGCAACCCGCCGCGGUGUCCGCUCAAUCUCUACCGACGACCUAAUUUUCCUGAUUCGCCAUGAUAAGGCUAAGGUCUCCCGCCUGCGAACCUUCCUGUCCUGGAAGGACGUCCGUAAGAAUGUCAAGGACUCGGACGACAAGGGUGGUGGUGACGCCGCCGACUUCGCUGCCGCCGACGAUGCGGCUGGUGUUGUUGCAGGUCCCCAAGACGUGGCCCCCAAGCCCAAGAACAAGCGCGCUAAGGUCGGACUUGCUUGGGAUGUCAACAGUUUCUACUCAGUUCAGGUCCCCGAGCGUGAAGAUGAAGAAGAUGAAGAGGAGGAGGAGCAGAACUACGCGACCCUCCAGCGUCUUGCUGCCGCCGAUGAACGCACCCGCCACAUGACACGGGAGGAGUAUGUAUUCUGGUCCGAGUGUCGCCAGGCUUCCUUCACCUACCGCAAGAGCAAGCGAUUCCGCGAGUGGGCAGGCUUCGGCAUCGUGACCGAAUCAAAGCCAAACGACGAUAUCGUGGACAUCCUCGGAUUCCUCACAUUCGAGAUCGUCCAGACCCUCACCGAGGAGGCACUCAAAGUCAAAGAGCGCGAAGACAACGAAAAGCACCGUCGCGGAGGCGCUGAAGCUGGUGAAAACCUCAAGAAGCGGAAGCGCGAGACCGGCCUGUUCGACCCUCCUGAGGAGGGGCGCACUCCCAUUGAGCCACGACACGUUCGUGAGGCCUACCGCAAGCUGCAGGCUACUCCCCAAAAGGCCAAAGCUAUGCUGUUGCACAAUGGCCGUGUUCCUUACCGUUUCCCUCUUGCUUUGAUUUAA